AUGCAUUCAAAAAGGGAAAAAGAUCUGUUAAAGCUCUCUUCAAGCUCUACCUUCGGCCAAAAGAGAUCCAACUACGCCCUCGGCAACAAGAGCACGGACAGUUCAAUAGCCAUGUACAGGCAGAAUUCAUGCAAGGACUCAAGGAUGCCUUUCGAUGAUGUCGCCAAGCAUUUAAAAUAAGUGCAAAGAUGUCUGCCAUAGCGUCAACAAGAGGAUCAACUCCAAAGAAACUUCUCUCUCAAAAGAAAAGAAAUAUACAAUCCCCAAGAGAAGUAACGCGAAGCAGAAAAAGUCUAAAUAUUCUAACAUGAAGAUGCUGUACCAGAAGAACGCUGUAUACAAGAGUCUUAACCUAAACCAAUCACCUAGUAAUUCAUCAAGAAGAGGAAGUGGGAGUAGAGAUUUCUCAGAGAAAAGCCGUGGAAGUUCAACGGCUUCCAAAUAUGGGAUAGGUGUAUCUCGGAUUCUCGAGAAGAAAUCUAGUAAAAUCAAGUUCCAGCCUAAUAACAGUCAACUCUCAAGUGAGCGGAAAAUUCGGAUUAAAAGUAAAAACAGGGACAUCUCAAGAGACAGUUCUCAAGGCUAUUCAAUCUCCAAGAAGGGGACUAUAUCCAGUAAAGUCAAGACGUCCAAAUCAAACAAGUUAUUCAGCCCUUCAGGCUCAAAGAGGUUACCCAAAACAAAAUCAAGAUUUGAAACAUCAACUGAGAAAAGAGAUAUGGUCAAUAACAAAAGUCAAAGAGCCAAAAUGAGGGAGGAAAAGAGCGCAAACUUUACUAUCCUAAACUCAGGUGAAAGAUUUUCGACCAAAGAUGAUUCAUUACAAAGAGAUUGCAAGUUAGGAAGUAGUAUCCCAAACAACAAAACCAAGAAUGCUAGGGAGAAAUAUCAGAAUGAAGCACCUGAGUCUUAUUCAGUGCCUCACCUGCGAAGUGCUCAGAGGGAAAGUAAAGUUUCCUCUAGAAGACCAGAGAAUUAUAAAGUUAAGGAUAUUGACCAACUAAAUAAACCUCCAGAAGAUGAUAUGCCAGGCAUGACUCUUGAAAGUAUUAAGAGUUCAGAGAAUUCAGAAUCUUCUCACAGUAAUCCUAUCAAAAAUUGGAUGGAUGCAGCAGCCAACGGUGUCAGAGAUAAACUUGAAAGAUACUUAAAGAGUGGUAAAAUCAAGGAUAUUAACACUGUCGAUACUACCCACAAAUCCGCUCUGCAUUAUGCUGUUAAUGAAGGAAGAUAUAAAACUGUCUGUUACUUACUAAACCUCCAAAUGAACCCAAAUCUCCAAACAAAGAACCGCAAAGAGACAGCUCUGCACCUAGCCUGCAGGAAGGUGUAUAAAUAAAAUGAUUGUAACACUCCUCAACAGCAGUGCUGACCCCAACAUCCAAGACUCGCACGGAAAGACCCCUCUCUACCUCCUCACAGAACAAAACGCCAAGGACCUAAUAAUCGCCUUCAUAAACCACUGUAAAUUCCCCAUAAACUGGACUUUAUCCGACGACCUUGGUCACAAAAUCUACGAAGUUUCCACCUCCAAAGAAAUCAACCGCCUGCUCAAAACCUACAUGAACACCGCCACCUCCCAACGCUACAGCCGCGAGACCCGCCAACACAACAAAAUCCCCACUCGCACCACCAGCACCGGCACAAAAUCCCGUUCAAAAUCCCGCGAAGCCACCUCCCUCAACAAAAGAAUCUACAAAUUCAACAAGUACACUUCUCCCUCAAAAUCCCCACUUGGCCCAAAGAAACCUCCCAAAGAAGCCCCGAACAACAUCCAAAUCCACCAGACCAGGAACGAAUCUGUUAAAAGAAUGUUCAAAAAUUUUAACAAAACCAGGCUGAAGACAGGCUCCAUCAGGAAGAAAAUUAAUAUUAAUGGGAAUAACAAGAAGGCCAAUAAGUCAUUGAGCAGCCAGGAUAGUUCACAUUUGGGAAGGGCUAAGAAGAAGUUGAGUAAGAGGGUUAAUUAUGAAGAGAAGAAGGAGAGGAAUUUGGAUAGGCUCUUGUUUGGAAAAGAGGAGGUAGAGGGGUCGCAGAAGGUUAAUAAGACUAGGUGUAAGAAGGGGCCGAGUAAGGAGGUGAAGAAAGAGCAGAUUGGGGUUGUGAAGGAGCUGGAUUCGAGUGAUUUCUCAGCGAAAGAGAUGAAGAAUACGAAGAUUGUUGAUUAUUUUGAUAAUGCUAGAAGAAUUUCGGUGGAGGAAGAACCCUCAGAAAUUGUCCCUAAAAUUGAAAUCUCACUCAAUGAAUGCUACAAGAAAGAUAUUUCAACACCUCACAAAUCCUCCAAACAAAAGCCAACUCUAUACUCAAAACCUCUAUCUGACUCAAAAUCAGUCUCCCUCAACACCCAAAACUCCAACUCCAAGGACCCUUCCAAACUCACCAAAGAGACCAUCAUAAAAACGAUAGCCAACAAAAUCGCUAAAGCAGGCCUAAAAUCCAAAAGCCAGCCACAAAACAUGCAAGACCAGACCGGUUCUUUCUCAGGAAUCAUUGAUAAAGUCGGCCAAGAGAUUAAUGACAUACUUGAAAGUAUGAAGGCUGAACAGAAUUUUGAAAAUUUUGAGUUGGAUAAAGAAGAAUUUAUACAAAAAAUGUAUCACAUGGAAGUUAAUGAAAGCGAAAAUGGAGAGAAUGAUUACUCUAGAGAAGUCUCUGAGCAUUCGAAGAGACUCGUUAGCUCGUCCGAUCAUAGUAAUAAGGGAAGAGGAUAUACAGUUGAUGAAGAUGAAUUACUAGAUGAGGAAAGAGACAAAGGGAAUAGUCGAAGUACCAAUUUUGAUGAUAAAGCUCUGUCUACAAGUAGUAAAGAAUAUAUUGGUGCUCAUAGCUUCACCGCACAUGAAUUAUUAGGCACAGGUAGCUUUGGAGAAGUUUACCUUGUCGAGAAGAUUAGUGACAACACCUUGCAUGCAAUGAAAGUGUUGUGUAAAGACAAGAUCUUUGAGCACAAAUUAGCAAGAUAUGCAAUGACGGAGAGAAAUGUUCUAUCUGUAGUGAAUCACCCUUUCAUAGUUAGGCUCAACUUUUCCUUCCAGACACAGAAUGAGUUGUUUCUGAUCCUACAAUAUUGUCCUGGAGGAGAUCUAUCAGAAUACCUUCAUGUUGAGAAGAAGUUCAAUGAAUAUAAAGCUAAAAUUUACUUAGCAGAAGUGCUCCUUGCACUUGAAGAACUUCAUAGCAAAGAUAUUAUAUUCAGAGAUUUAAAACCUGACAAUGUAGUCUUAGACGAAGAUGGCCAUGCACUGCUCACAGAUUUUGGGCUGAGCAAGGAAGGAGUUUACGAUUUCAAAGAGACCAAAUCCUUCUGUGGAUCCUAUGCAUACCUUGCCCCAGAGAUGGUGCAGAAAACUGGUCAUGGAAAAAGCGUUGAUUGGUACCUCCUCGGAGUAUUUCUAUUCGAAAUGCUAGUAGGAAUCCCUCCUUAUUAUGAUAACGAUCGGGAUGUACUAUUUUACAACAUUAUUAACGAAGACUUAGAAAUCCCAAACUAUAUCUCCAAAGAUGCGAAAGACUUGAUUGUGAAGCUAAUGGACAGAAACCCAAUCACCAGACUCGGAACCAACGGUUCUGACGAAGUCAAGAAGCACAAGUGGUUUAGAGAUAUAAACUGGGACGAUGUGAUCAAUAAACGCCUUGAGCCUCCUUUACCUUACCUUAAAAGAAAGGUUAAAAAAGGAAAUGGGCAGAUAAUAAUCAGCCAUCCACUCGAUUUCGAGAAGGAGAGGAUGCUUGUGCAGAGCGAUCCUAACUUCAUUGACGGGUGGUCAUUUGUGGACCAUGACAAGCAAUCUCCAUAA